AUGACAAACAUAUCGACAACAGCAUUAACAUCAACAAUCAUUCUAAAUCCAAAUAUUAUCACAAAUUAUUUGGGCACAUUUAUUUUAGUAUUUGGUGCAAUUGGUGAAUUUCUAAAUUUGGUGGUUUUUCUUAGUCUUCGAACAUUUCGAGAAAGUUCUUGUGCAUUUUAUUUGACAUUGGCUUCAUUUUUCAAAAUUCUUCAAAUCUUCACUGGUCUUUUAUCUCGUGUUUUUACGAGUAUUACAGCUGUUGAUUGGACAGCGAUUUCGCCAUUCUAUUGCAAAUUUCGUGGAUAUUUUGCUGAAUUUUCUCCGUUGUGUACAUUGGGUUUAGCUUGUUUAGCAGUGAUUGAUCAAUAUUUUGCCACAUCAACACAUCUUCGUUGGCAACAAUGGUGUGAUAUCAAAGUGGCUUAUCGAUUAUCAUUUCUAAUGACAACAUUUAGUUUGAUAGGUGCCAUUCCACAUGGAAUCUUCUUCGAAUUAAUCGAAUCACCAAUAACGAAACGAUAUGCUUGUAUAUUGAAUAACAAAGCUUUUGAUUAUUAUAAUACAAAUGUGAAUUUACCACUUUUCUUUGGUCCACUUCCAAUGUUUAUUACAAUUAUCUUUGCAAUAUUAACAUAUCGUCAUGUGAAACAAAUUGCAUAUCGAACAGUACCAUUAGUUCGUCGUCGACUCGAUCAACAGUUGACAACGAUGGUUUUAACACAAACUGUUUUCAAUUCUUUUGCAAUUAUUCCAUAUGUAGCCAUGGUUAUGAUUGUUAAUCAUACAACUCUUCUCACUGAUGCAUCGACUGGCAAUGUGACACUAUUUGUUCUGACGACAAUUGCGAUUACCUAUUAUCUUUAUCCAACAAGUUCAUUCUAUAUUUAUAUGUGCACAUCGGAAAGAUUUCGUCAGCAAUUACGUUAUGUUUUAUUCGAUAUUCAUUUCAAUGGAUGGUUACGUCGAAAGAUCAAUCCUGUGAAUAACAUUGCAUAG